UUUGAGAGGGCGUUGACGAACGCAGGAAGAAGACACGCACAGCCGGCUCACGCGUGCACACGGAAUCAAGUUUGAACAAGCCGAGCAAGAAAGGAAGCUGUAGACACUCAAGCUUUCCUGUUCAAUGAACGUGACACCUUUCUGAGCUUUCCUUUCUUUUUUAAUUUAUUUAUUCCGAGUGGGUCCAUGGAGGAGGAAGAGGGAGACAGUCUCGCAGAGCUGAAGGCCUUCCCGUCCGUGCAACCCCGGCACAGGUUCCGCUCCCACAGCGACGCAUCGGGCUUCACCGCCAGAAUCCUGUGGAGGCUCAGAGGAGCUCGCCCAGGCGAUGGUUUGGAGAAAUCGUCAUCACUGGCCAGCUGCGACGUGGUGGUGGACAGCGAUUCCGACGUCCACAAUGCGCCCGGCUCGCGGCACCAGCGAGGCAAACUGUCCACUUUAGGGAGACUCUUCAAACCCUGGAAGUGGAGGAAGAAGAAGAGCAGCGACAGGUUCCAGGAUCUCUCCACGGUUUUGGAGAGAAAAAUUUCAACAAGACAAACGAGAGAGGAGCUCAUCAAGAAAGGAGUGCUUGUUCCAGAGCAAGCAGACGAGCCCGUCAGCCGGGAAAUCCAGAAUGGUCACGCCACAUCCAGCGUGUCCCUGGAGCAGGUCAAGGUUGAGAUUGAAACUCAAUUGACCCGAGCCGCGGACCCGACUCCUGGUCCCGUGAACACCCAGAACAAAACAGAGACGAGUGACAUUAAACCCGUCGCCCGGGUGGCUCAGGCACGCCCGCGGGAUGCCCAAGGUAGAAAGCAGCACGGCGUGGCUGCGCCCGCCUCCUCCAAGCCUGCAGGGGGCGCCACUGGCACGGCCAGGCACAGCAGGGACGCUUCAACCGGCGCGAAAAAACCCGCCAAAGCAUCAGGGAAGUCGGGUUCUGCGACGCAAGUUAAACCUAACUCGCGGAGCUCUAAUAGUAGUCGCGUGAUCGCCAAAUCCUCUCAUCCAAAGAAGACGCAGGCAGGUUCAGCCAAAACCACCGCGACCACCUCGAACUCCACCGCCCCCCCUCGCUCUCGCCCGCCGAAGGACGCCGAGGCGCAAAGCAAAGGCGCCAACGCUCGGAUAAGCCGGAAACUUGAAGCCGAUUCUCAAAAGGCUUCCGCAGACGUUCCCGGGCAGCCGGAGGACUUCAACUCCGCGGACGCGCAUGGGAGCUCUCCUCAAGUUUCCCUCCCCGAAGUUGAGGAGCCUGCCGUUGAUUCUCAAGCCGCCCCGGAGGACAAAGUUCCCUCGGACGAGUCUUCCGUUAGCUCUGAGGCCGUGCGGGAUGUAUCCCCCGAGCCCGCCGUGCACUCCCCCCGCAUCAACACUUCCACAGAGGACACUUCCUUCACAGAAGGGGACGCUGAGGGCGACCCCCAGCGGGAGAAAGAAGCCAGGACGAAAGGGGAAGGAGGAGCGGCGCCAGAGGAAAACGUAGCGCCUGCCGAGGAGACGCACAGCAGUGACUCAAGCCCGGCCGACGCGGACAUCGUCAAAUCGCAGGGCGGCAGCGUCAACAUCCAUCAAAUUGUGGUGACCGUAAUCCCCGACCGGCCGACGGAGACCCAAGCCAGCGACUCCGACUCGGACGGACCCAUCCUGUACCGCGAUGAUGAGGAAGAAGAAGAGGAAGAAGAUGACGAGUACCUCAACAGUUCCUUGGCCAGCAAGAUUCGGCGACGGGACACCCUCAACAUCAAACUGGGCAACCGACCCAGCAAGAGGGAGCUGGAGGAGAAAAACAUACUGCCGCGCAGCUCCGAGACGGAGAGACACGAGCUCCGCCAGCAAAUCGGAUCCAAACUUGUCAGGCGUUUGAGCCAAAGACCAACCACGGAGGAGCUGGAGCAGCGGAACAUCCUCAGACAGAAGAACGAAGUGGAGGAGCACGAGGCCAAGCAGGAGAUCAAGCGAAAACUGUCCAGAAAGCUUAGCGUGCGGCCAACGGUAGCCGAGCUGAUUGCUCGGAGAAUCCUGCGUUUCAACGAGUACGUGGAGGUCACGGACGCCAAGGACUACGACCGGCGGGCGGAUAAGCCGUGGACGCGACUCACGCCCGCUGACAAGGCGGCCAUCCGCAAAGAGCUGAACGAGUUCAAGAGCACGGAGAUGGAGGUGCACGAGGGCAGCAAACAUUUAACCAGAUUCCAUCGGCCUUAACGCGAACACGCCGUCGAAAGAGGACAAGUCCACCCGGCCAUCAAACCUGCUGCUGUUAAGUCUGUCUGAGCGCCCCAGCCGGUCUACUUACUUGCGGAUUGACAACAUACGCAGGUUUGUCUCAAGGGCCUGCGCUCUCCGUUUGCUCCUCUGGGUGGAACUUGAUUGCACAUAUUGUACCUAUAACUUGGAAAAGUGGUGGCUCGCUAAGAGUGAUUUAUUUAUUAUACAGUGCGAAGAGGACUUUUGCUGGAAUUUUUUUUUUCUUGUUUUUCUCGUCCCUCUGAGAUGUGUCAAAUACAGCGUUAUUACAGGUAUGAAUGUGGCUCAAGAGAACUAUAGCUUCCGUGCAAAAGUUGUGCUUUGUUCUGACCUGCUCCGACCCGGGCCGCCAACCAAUAGACCGUCAAUGUUCAAAUGAUCAGGCCACUAGAGGGCAUUAUGUCAUAAGCACAUUUUACUUGCUGGGAUGCCGUGGAGCCUGGAACCAAGGCCAGAAGACCUCUGUUGUGUUAAGUGCUUUAAAAAAAAAUAAAAAAAACAUCCCUCAAGUGCUCAAAACGUACUUUAAAAUGUGCACUUUUUAGGCUUUUAAAUCAUCAAUAAGUUUCGAUUUCUUCAGAGUGUCUUGGUGCCACAAAGCUAUACAUAUUAAAAAAAAAAUACAGGCACCAAAGCGAUCUAUUCACCACCAAAUAGCGUUCUUUUCCCAUUUCGCUUUCAGAAAAAAAAUGUUUGCACCCAUUUUGCCAUUGCAGUCGUUGUCUUGCUUGCACGUUUUAUCGCAGUUGUUAAAAAUGUUUCAGUCAUCUUGCACUCGGCGCACAUUUCCUUUCACCGAGCGACGGCAGGCUCAGUUGAAAUAAUAAGUCUCGGCUCUGCUGUCGACAUCCCUCAACUGUUGUUUUUUUUUUUUUGUGAAAUCACGUAGCAUUUGAUAUUCUAUAUAUUCCAUAUGCUAGCUAAAUGUUUAAAAAAUGAAAAAAAAGUAUUCCCUGUUUUGUAGGCACUUUGUUGCAGUCCAGUGAAUAACAUCCCCAUCAUGUGUUUUGUGAGUUCGCCUUUUUAAAAAAAAUCCUUACAGUAGUUUCCAUCUCACUACAAUGGCUUUCUGCGCUAGCUAAAUGGCUAUCUUGGUUAUGCUAACAUGUCAAGAAUCGAAAUGAUCUCUAUGCUAACAUGCUGACAUCUCUGAUUGUUAUUAUAAUUUUUUUUUUUGGUUCUGUUACAAUUGUCAAGUUAAAAUAUGCCAUGUGGAGGUGGACACAACAAAAUUUGUAUUUCACUAGCCUAACUAAAAUUCAGCGCACGUUGCUUUUACAUUUUCUUGUUCACUCACUAGCUUGUCUCGCCAUUCCGACUCGACGCUAAGCUAAGCACAGCGAAAACCAAAGUGAAGCCUAUCGCUUCGAAUUGUAAAUGACUGCAAGUGAAACUAUAUCGUUCAGUGGCCUCGGUUUGAAGAAAUCAGACUUUUGUAAAGACGCUCCAUUUUUGUCCUUUUGUAUUUAAACUCCCAAAUUUGUUGGACAUUAGCGUCAAUGGGAUUCAUUCCUCACUGUGUGAACGUAUCUGUGAGGCGUAAACCUCGCCUAUUGUAUGUGCAAACAAAGUCUUGGAAUAUCUCCAAAGCGGGCAAAUAGGAAGUCAUGUUCCUGCUAGCGUAGCGUCCGGUGUGUGUGAGUGUGUGUGGGCGUGUGUGUGUGUGUGUGCUCUGCUGCUUCAUUAUGUGUACACGUAACAUAAUGCCAUGUACAGUCUAACAACAGUAUUCCUUCUUUUCCACGUGUCUGAUAUUCUGUAUAUUGAUUAUUUUGUACAAAAAUGUAUAUGGAGCAUGUGCAUACACAGAGUCCAUUUUUAUGCCGCAAUACAGAAAAUGGCGUAAAUGUUUGAAA